AUGUCUCUUACAAGUAAAACAAAAGAUUCUCAGUGGCUUCAACUUGAUGUGUGUCAAGACUUUCUUCAAAAUACCUGUGCGUUGGGAGAAUUUGGAUGUCCAAAUGCACAUCCAAAUAGAAAUGUUGAUAUUAUUGAUGGUAAAGUGACAACAUGUUACGAUAGCUUCAAAGGAAAAUGUACUCGAGGGUUUUGCAAGUAUUAUCAUCCAUCAGCUUUAGUCAUCGAGAAGCUUCAGCUUAAAGGUCACGCAGUUUUGGCUCAAAGAAAUGCUUUCGCUUUUCAUGCUCCUGUAGUUCCGCAAAUGUUCAUUCCAUUUCACACUGAAGUUCCGAUUUUAAUUCCCCAAGAACCGUCUGGAUCUUCAUUGGGAAUGAAUAAAGUGGAAAUUGGUGUAAAGCGUUCGGCUGAUGCAAUGGAUUUGAAUUUAGAAAGAUAUUGCCCAAUUAUGUACUGCAAACGUGCCGCAAUUCAGGUUCCACCUUUUAUCCCAACUGCGCCAUAUCAAAUGGUUUCAUUUCCAGUUCCUGCUGAACUCAUACCACUCAAUGCGUCAUUUGUGAAUUAUACUGAUUCAAACGGGCAGCUACUUGAUAACUUACCAGUCUGCCAAGAUUUCAACAGAAACAUGUGUACAAGAAUAAAUUGCAAGUUUGUUCAUUUAUCAGAACCAAAAAAAUUGGAAAUUCAUGAACAAAGAGUAGCAGUAUGUCGUGAUCAUGCAAAUGGAAUCUGUCGACGUCAACAGUGUAAAUACUAUCACAUUCCUAUUCAACUUCCUUCAGCUGAAGAAAUGGCUACGAAAAUUGUGCACUCGAAAAAUUAAAUUUUAUUCAAUCAAUUUAAUAUUUAAAAAUUAAAUAUUUUAAUAAAACAAAACGUUUUAAACUUUAUUUGUAUCUUUUCUGUUGUUUUAAC